AUUUUGAGUGCAUCUUUUGUAUUGUUACCAUUGCGGGAUGAAGGUGCAAUCUCUCUAGGUUUAUCGAAGCUUCCAGCUCUCUUUAUCGGAUCCUUAUUCCUCACCUUGAUUGCUGCUCCUUUAUCAACUCUCCUUUUCUCUUUCCCUAAUUUCUCUAAAUCCAAGGCUGGUUACCAUUUCCCUUUUUUCUUUCAUUAUUAUUGUGAUUGUAAUAAUAAAAUCACUGAAAUGGGUUUUGAUUUUCAAUCAUUAAUUCUUGAGAUUUCAUGCCCCCCACCACCACCAGGCUUUGUUUUUGAUACACAGGUUUUUUAGCGUUUCUCUUGUUCUCUUGUUCUUUCCAUGGCAUUUCUCUUCCUCUGCUUCUGCUGAAUUUUCGCUCUUCAAGUCAAAGGGUACUGUUGCUAUAUCAACUGAAUUGAAAGAGGGUUUGAAGGUUGAUGUUGACAGAACCAGCAGUACAUAUUCUUGAAGUUGGGAUAAUCAUGGAUGGUUUUAUAUUUCUGUCAGAAUUGGAUUGUUUCUCUGGGUUGCGCUGCUUAAUCUUAUUACCAUAUCGUCGACUUGGGCUAGGGUUAUUGAUGUGAUGGAUAGUGAGUCAGGUUCAAGAUUGUUUGGGUUCAUUGGUGCUGGUGCUACACUUGGUCAGCUAUUUGGAUCGUUGUUUGCAACAUCAAUGGCUUGGUUGGGUCCUUUUUUACUUCUAUUUGCUGCUUUGUUGAUGGAACUAGCUGCACAGUCAUCAAAAGGGAUCGACAAGGAUGUAUCCCAUCUUCCUCAUGAAUUAUCUCCCGUAAGAAAAGUUGAUGCUGAUCAGCAUAGUGAGGCUGAUGGACGAUCAUCACCAGCUUUCAAAGUCUCUUCUCCAAAGUCUCCUUCAUCCAGGAUGAGGCCUCAGCUUUGGGUCAUCUUAGAUGGGUUUCGGCUUGUAUUAUCUUCAACUUAUUUGUUGAAUGUGUCUCUAUUCCUGUGGCUGAGUGCAGUUAUUUCGUCAUUCUUCUAUUUUCAGAAAGUAACAGUAAUUGCCAUGACUGUUUCAAGCUCUCUUGGAAGAAGAAAAUUGUUUGCCCAGAUAAAUAGCUUCAUUGCUGUUUUUAUCCUUGCUGGACAACUUACUUUAACAGGACGCAUCCUUACUUUAGCUGGGGUUACUGCAGCAAUAUGCUCUGCUCCGGUUGCUGCCUUCUCAAAUUUGGUUGCUAUUGCUGUUUGGCCAACUUGGGUAGCAGUUGCCAUCUGUGAGACUGCACGGAAGGUUUGUCACCAUUGGUCCCUUGCCUGCAGUGAAACAGCAUUGUGGGUUGUAUUUCUUUCUUUCUUCCUUUCCCAGUUAUUCUAUUUGAAUAUAAUAAUGCUUAUGUAUCCAAUUAUCUAGAGUAUUAUUUGGGUGAAUGCACUUUCCUCUUAAAUUGUUGAGAACACUUGGAAGUAUGUCCCAUUCAUUUUGAGGCCUCACGGUUUGGUUUUACCCUUACUUGCGGGUGGUUACUUAUGUAGUGACCAGGCCUGGAAGAGAACUUCUGUUUACUGUGGUCACUCAAGAAGAGAAAUACAAAGCU